CCAAAAGGGUGUCGGCAAGACCCUCAAAUAUGUUACUGUCAAGAUCAAAGGGUCUUGCGGAGAAGUUGGGUCUGCCAUACCACAAGGAACCAGGAUGGGUGACGGUGGUCGACAAUCCUUCUCAACCCAUCUGUGGCGUUGCACGCGGGGAGCCCGUGCAGAUAGGCUCAUGGUCGGGGAAGGUUGACUUGAACGUCAUAACCAUGAGCGACUUCAAGCUGGUGUUGGGUGGUGAGUUUAUCGAUCAGCUGUUGCCUUUCACCUUCACCAAAGAUGGCUGCAUAUGCUUUGAGGACGGGAGCAAGAGUCACAACGUGCCACUAGAGCGGCUACCCGCUGGAGACCGCAUCCACUCGGCUAUACAAGUGUCCCGAGGCAUCAAACGAGGUGAGGACACUUAUCUAGCUGCUUUAAAGGAAUAUAGUACCUCGUCUCUUGAUGUCCCACAAGAAGUUCAAGGCAUUCUCCACGAGUUCGAAGAUGUGAUGCCCCCGGAGUUGCCACAGAAACUUCCACCACGGAGGGAGGUCGACCAUGCCAUUGAGCUGGAGCCUGGUUCGAAACCACCAGCAAUGGGUCCCUACCGCAUGGCUCCAUCUGAAUUGGAGGAACUCCGGAAGCAACUAAAGGAGCUACUGGAUGCGGGGUUCAUCCGUCCCUCUAAAGCACCCUAUGGAGCGCCACUUGGGAGAGCACGAUGGUUCACCAAGCUCGAUUUGAGGUCGGGGUAUUGGCAAGUGAGAAUAGCUGAAGGGGACGAGGCAAAGACCACCUGUGUGACGCGUUACGGUGCAUACGAGUUCCUGGUGAUGCCUUUCGGCCUCACAAAUGCUCCAGCUACCUUCUGCACCUUGAUGAACAAAGUCGUCCACCCAUUCCUUGACAAAUUCGUGGUGGUAUACUUGGACGAUAUUGUUGUCUACAGCGAGACGCUGGAGGAGCAUGUGCAGCAUCUUCGACAAAUUCUCCAAGUGUUACGCGAGAAUGAGCUCUACGUGAAACAGGAGAAGUGCUCAUUUGCACAACAGGAGGUGAUGUUCCUAGGCCAUCGGGUAGGCCAUGGGAAGAUAUCGAUGGACUCGGCCAAGGGGUAUUCGGCAAGGGCCACACCCUUGACAGACUUGCUCAAGAAGAAGGUCUCGUGGGAGUGGACAGCGAAGUGCCAACGAGCCUUUGAGGACUUGAAGCAAGCGGUGAGCCAAGAACCAGUGCUCGCACUGCCCGACUAUGGGAGGCCUUUCGAGUUGCACACUGAUGCGUCGGACUUGGCAAUCGGAGGAGUCUUGAUGCAAGAUGGCCAUCCCAUAGCGUUCGAGAGCCGCAAGCUCAAUGACACGGAGAGGCGGUACCCGGUGCAUGACAAGGAGAUGACCGCCAUCGUCCAUUGCUUGCGGGUAUGGCGCCAUUACUUGCUUGGGAGCAGGUUCGUGAUCAAGACCGAUAAUGUAGCUACGAGCUACUUCCAGAGGCAGAAGAAGCUCACGCCCAAGCAAGCAAGAUGGCAAGACUUCUUGGCUGAAUUCGACUAUGUGAUGGAGUACAAGCCUAGGCGGGCUAACGUUGUGGCAGACGCGCUGAGCCGCAAGGCUACGUUCGCCUUCAUCAGUCGACCUGAGGGUGACCUAUUGGAUCGUGUCAAGGAGGGCCUGGCACGUGAUCCCUUCGCCAAGAGUCUUAUGGAGGUGGCUCGUGAGGGCAAGACGCGACGAUUCUGGUGCAAUGAUGGUGCUCUAUAUACUGUGGGCAAUCGCCUAUAUAUCCCAAAGUGGGAGAAUUUACGACGGGAGCUGAUGAAGGAGUGCCACGACUCGAGGUGGGCUGGACACCCAGGGAUCAAGCGCACCAUGGCACUGGUGGAAGAUUUAUACUAUUGGCCACGGAUGCGAGAUGACAUUGAGGCCUAUGUGAGGACGUGCCUAGUGUGCCAGCAAGACAAAAUCGAGCAGCGGCAACCUGGGGGCCUCUUGGAGCCCCUGCCAACCCCAGAACGCCCUUGGGAGUGUGUCACCAUGGACUUCAUCUCAGCUCUCCCACAGUCUGAAGGGUGCGGGUCUAUACUGGUCGUGGUUGAUCGAUUUUCGAAGUAUGGAACCUUCAUCCCAGCCCCACGGGAUUGCAAGGCAGAGGAAGCAGCCCGCUUAUUUUUCAAGCACGUGGUGAAAUAUUGGGGGCUUCCUCGCAUCAUCAUUAGCGAUCGGGAUCCGAGGUUCACGGGGAAGUUUUGGAGGGAACUCUUCAAGCUCAUGGGAUCAGACCUCCACUUCUCCAUGAGCUUUCAUCCGCAGACGGACGAGCAAACGGAGCGGGUGAACGCACUACUGGAGCUAUAUUUGCGGCAUUUUGUAAGUGCCAAUCAACAUGACUGGGCAAAAUUGUUGGACGUGGCACAAUUUUCCUUCAAUCUGCAGCGGAGUGAGGCCACCCAACAAAGCCCCUUUGAGAUCGUGACAGGCCAACAACUGUUGCCACCUCACUAUGUGACGCGAGGCUAUACUGGUGCAAGUCCUGCCGCAUAUAACUGGGCAAAAGAUUGGCAGGAGCAGCUCGACGUGGCUAAAGUUUACUUGGAUAAAGCCUCCAAAAAGAUGAAGAAGUGGGCAGACAAAGAGCGACGGCCGCUGGAAUUCCAAGUGGGCGACCUUGUGAUGGUGAAGCUACCAGCCCAGCAGUUUAAAGCCUAUCGACAAGUGCAAAAGGGGCUGGUGCGUCGAUACGAGGGACCCUAUCCGAUUCUUGGAAAGCACGAGGAGUGUCACAACGAGCGCCACCAACGGCCAUAACCUCGUAUGACAAGCAAGUGAGUGAGAUCUUAGCUGAUCGAGUCAUUCGGCAACGGGGAGUUCCCAACCACACAGAGUACCUGGUCAAGUGGAAGGAUCAGCUCGAUGACGAGGCCAGCUGGGAACGCGAGGAGGACUUGUGGCAGUUCUCGAGCGCCAU